AUGCGUGAGUAUGAAGAAUUAGGACACUGUAGAGAAAUCCAAGAGGAAAAAGAUGACCCGAAUCAGCAAUAUUAUUAUCUUCCGCAUCACGCUAUACUACGUCCGUCCAGUUCUACUACCAAGUGCAGAGUAGUAUUCGAUGCUAGUGCUAAACCUACCGAGGCUAGUCUGUCGCUUAACGAUGUGCUUCAAGUGGGUGCAACAAUACAGAAGGAGCUAUACGAUAUAAUGCUGAAGUUCUGUACGCACCGGAUCGCAUUUACUGCCGAUGUGCCAAAAAUGUAUCGACAGAUAAACAUGCAUCCACAAGAUACACCAUUUCUACGUGUCUUUUGGCGAGAGCAACCAUAUGAUAAAAUUCGGGUCUUGGAGCUUACAACGGUAACGUACGGGACAGCAGCAGCUCCGUUUCAAGCCACCAGGUGCUUGAAGCAACUAGCUGAAGACGAAUCAUUCGAUUUUCCUGUCGGUGCAAGAAUUGUCAAGGAGGAUUUUUACGUGGACGACGUUCUUUCUGGGGCAGAUUCACUUGCAGCGGCCAUCGAAGCAGCAGAUCAACUGAGGGGCAUCAUGAAGAAAGGAGGAUUUUCUCUUCAUAAAUGGUGCUCCAAUUCAAAACCCUUCUUAGAACAUAUACCAAAGGAUCAACAAGAGCAACUGAACGGUUUGGAAGAAAGCGGACCAAACAGCGCUAUAAAGGUACUUGGUUUACUAUGGGAUCCAAGGGAUGACAUUUUCCGCAUAGCUAAACCCGUUCAACGUGACAUACAACAUCGUGCUACCAAAAGGAUCAUAUAUUCCGAAGUGGCAAAACUAUUUGAUCCGCUAGGACUUAUCUCACCAGUAAUUGUCGUCGCUAAACUCCUUGUCCAGCAACUGUGGAAAUGUAAAGUUGCUUGGGAUGAUCCAGUGAACCAGGAAAUUCAGGAUGCUUGGGACAAAUUUUCAAGUGCAUUAUCAGCUCUGGAGAAAAUUUCAAUUCCUAGACGGAUAACGUUCAACGAUGCAAUAUGCUAUGAAUUACACGGGUUCGCCGAUGCAUCCGCUUUGGCGUAUGUCCAUCCGACCCAACCGGAGUUGGUCACGGUUAUAGCGCCAACAGCCACUAUGGAGCCCGGUCGAACGGCGGCAAGCUGGCUCCGAUCAGUGAGAGGAAGCGGCAAACUGUGA